ACCUUGCUGACCGUCCUGCCUCCUCCCGAGCUGAAAUGUCAACAGUGCAACGUGUCAGGGAAGCACCUGACGGUCCUGAAAGUUCUGAACGCGGCUUCCCAGGAGGAGCUCUCUGUGUGGGACGUGCGGAUCCUGCCCAAUUUUAAUGCCAGUUACCUUCCCAUGAUGCCUGACGGGUCUGUCCUGUUAGUCGAUGACGUCUGCCACCAGUCGGGCGAAGUUUCCAUGGCCUCCUUUUGCCGUGUGGCCUCAGCUGCCUCGGCCUGCCCCUGCUCCCUCCGAGCCCUUGAGGAGCAGAACUUCCUCUUCCAGUUGCAGGCCCCGGAGCAGCCCCCCCACAGCACCAAGGAGGGCCUGGAGGUUCCUCUCAUUGCAGUGGUCCAGUGGUCAACCCCCAAACUGCCGUUCACCACCCGGAUCCACACCCACUACAGGCUGCCAAGCAUCCGCUUGGCCCGCCCACGUUUUGUGAUGACGGCGGAGUGUGAGUCACCAGUGGUCCUGCACCGCCGCUUCACCGUCACCUACACCCUCAUCAACAACCUGCAGGACUUCCUAGCCGUGCGCCUGGUGUGGACGCCGGAAAGCACGACGGCGGCUGGCAAGACCCUCUCCUGGGCAGAACGGCGGGCCAGCCACGACACCCAGGACUCCAUCGUCUGCCACACGCCCCUCAGCAGCCUGGGCUACUCUCGCAAGGGCAGUGCCCGCACCUUCUGCGUCACCUUCCAGGCCCUGCGGGCUGGCCUCUACGAGUUGUCCCAGCACAUGAAGCUGAAGCUGCAGUUCACCGCCAGCAUCUCCAACCCGCCCCCGGAAGCCCGGCCCAUCUCCCGGAAGAGCAGCCCCGGCAGCCCGGCCGUCCGGGAGCUGGUGGAGCGGCACCAGGCCAGCCUGGGCCGCUCCCAGAGCUUCUCACACCAGCAGCCAGCACGAGGGCACCUCAUGAGGUCGGGCAGCGUCAUGGAGCGCCGCGCCAUCACUCCGCCCGUCGGCUCCCCCGUCGGCCGACCCCUUUACUUGCCCCCUGACAAGGCUGCUCUCUCCCUUGAUAAAAUAGCCAAACGUGAGUGCAAAGUGCUGGUGGUAGCACCCAUCACGUGAUAUGGGGGGGGGGCCCUUCCCCGCCCUUUCCUGAUGCCCCAUAUCCUCUGGUGGCUCAGUCAUUCCACCCCCCAAAAUAAUUCCUGGGGGGGGGGGGCUGCAGUCUUG